UGGACGUUGCGUCAUUCCAUAUCCAAUCUCUGGAGAUUAUUUCUGCCUCUCCAAAGCCAGAAUCCAGCGAAAUCCUCCACUCCAAUACCGCUAAAUAUUUUCCGGCAAUGUUUUAUGUAGUCAAUAAUCGUCACCGGUCGUCCUGCUCGCUAUUGUGAACAUCACAGCGGAUUAGUUCGCUACUGAAGGAAGUCCAGAGUAUAACUAAUUGACUUCCUUCGCUCUUAUUAAGGCCUGCUCCACCUUAAGCUUCACGCCACCACCUCGCCGCCACCGUUGCCUCUCUCCUACUUUUAAUAAAAUUCGCAACUUUUUUGUCCCGUGUUCCGUUAUCGCAAGUUACGAUUCCACCCAUGGCGCCGGCGAGCCACCUUCCACUUCCCAUGGCGGCGCUCGGGCUGUUCCUCGGCCUCGCUGCCCGUUCCGCCGCCCAGCCCACCUCCAACGACGACAACCUCUACGGCGGAGGCUACAACGUCCGCUUGAAUCCCGCCCUCGCCUCCCUCGUCGUCGUCUUCAUCUUCGGUUUCUUCUUCCUUGGAUUCUUCUCUGUGUACAUCCGCCGCUGCGCCGGCAGGUCCGACGACACGGUCCCCUCACCUGCUGCCGCUGCUGCUGGGGGCAUCGCCUCGCGCCAAGGCAUCGACCCUGAAGUGCUCGCCUCCUUUCCCACCAUGUCAUACUCGGAGGCGAAGGCGCAUAGUAAAGGAAAGGGCGCACUCGAGUGCGCCGUGUGCCUUUCUGAGUUCUCCGGCCACGACAAACUCCGUUUGCUCCCCCCGUGCUGCCAUGUGUUCCACGUUGACUGCAUCGACACUUGGCUCGACACCCACGUCACCUGCCCCGUUUGCCGCGCUAAUUUAGCCGCUCUGGUGAGCGAGUCACCGCCUGAACCUGUUACCCCAGCGACGGAGGAAGGGCCAGAUCUGGAGGUCGGUCGUCCGUCUAUUAAAUACCACCGGUGGUACUCGACUGGGCACGAGGGAGAGGAGGUGGACCGACACCGGCUACAUCUGCCGGAACACGUGAGAAGGGAGGUCUUCUCGAUGGCAGCUGCGGAGCUCCGGCGGACCGCGAGUGUGACAGAAACUCCGCGGCCGCUGCGCAGGGAAACUAUCUUGAGGAGGGAAUGGGCGCGAAGCGGGCACUGGCGGUUCCUCCAACGGACGUUCUCGGUGCGGCGGCGACCGGAAGCGACGCCGGCGCAAAUUGUUCUCGGAAGCGGAGGCAGAAGUGAGAAAUCCGAGUCCCCGAGCCACAAAUUCAAAGGAAGUGAUCAUGCAAAGUCCGAACCCACAAAAGAUCUAGAAACGGGAGCAAAGGAGGCGGAGUCGUCUUCCGCUGCCUCCACUCCGUUGGAUCGGAUUUAAAGAUUAUGCGAUCGGAUUGGAUUUCAAUUUGUAUUGCGAAAAUUUUG